CUGUUCCUGCCUUCAUCCCUCUGCUCAUCGCCAUCAACUCCGAAAUCUCUGAUCAUCUGGUAAUCCAUCCUGCCAUCAUCCUCUUCGACUUCUCGCAAUUUGUAUCACUUUUUCUGAAGAAUUUGGUGCGGAAUUUGCUCAAAUUCAUCUUGUUCAGGUGUUUUGAUUGAGACUUCAACACAGAAUUGGGUGAAUGAUAUUCAGUUUUUAGAUUCAAGUUUGAAAUUCAGUUAUUUAAUCAGAAUUAUUGAAAGUUUCUUUCUUUUUGUGAGUUUUGAUGCCCUAAUUGGUGGGCAUCUAGGUUUAAAUUUCCACUAGAAUUUGAUGUUUGAGGGCUUUUGUUUGAUCAUGGAUAGUAACAAGGAUGAAGCUAUGAGAUGUGUUCAUUUGGCAGAAGCUGCGCUGAAAUCUGGUGACAAGCAGCGAGUUUUGAAAUUCAUAAAAAUUGCUCAGAGAUUGGACCAUAAUGUUCCAAUUUUUGAGCUUUUGAUUGCUUGUGAGAAUUUAAAGAGUGCCAAUUCCACUUGUGAUGCCAAAGAAAUGAUAUCUGAUUACAGUGGAGAACAGGUUAGAUUGGUUAGAGAAAUCAGGAGGAAUAAUAGUGAUUGUUAUUCAAUACUUGGAGUUGAUAAAAGUUGUUCUUUUGAGGAGAUCAAGAAAGCAUAUAAGAAGUUGUCUCUUAAGGUUCAUCCUGACAAGAACAAAGCUCCCGGUUCCGAGGAGGCAUUCAAGAUUGUUUGUAAUGCUUUCAAAUGCUUGAGUAAUGAGGAAUCUCGGUCACAUUAUGAUCAAGUUAGUUGUCGCAAGGCCAAUGGGUUUAAUUAUGAUGAUGAGUAUGCAAGGAAGAGUAGGAGGAGAAGGACGGCUGCAAGUUAUGAUGUAUUCGAUGAGAAUUUUAAUCCGGAUGAAAUUUCUGGAUCAUUUUAUUAUGGUACUAAGAAUAAUGUGUUUCAAACUCGACAAGUUCAUCGUGCAAAAACAGUUCCCCGGCGACAAGGGGAACAGAUGUUUUAUAGGGAUGUUCUCUUUCUGAUUGUCUUACUUCAGACACUGUUUAUCUUUCUUAGUCUGUUGUUAUUCCUCUUUUCUUCCUCGGAGCCACAAUAUUCAAUUCGAAAGACAUACGCGUAUCAUGUUCCAAUGCUCAUUGAGAAACAUGGUAUAGAAUAUUUUGUCAAGUCAUCAGAUUUCGAUCACCAAUUCCCUCAUGGAAGUGAUGCGAGACAUAAAAUUGAAGAGAAUGUUUUGAAGAGUUACAAAAGUCUGCUUAGACGGAAUUGUCAUAUUGAACUACAACGGCGUCAAAGGUCGAGGUUUUCUUCAUUGCCACAUUGUGAUAGGUUACAAAGUCUUGAAGCAACAUAAAGCUCCAAUAAGGACAUUGAAGUCAAAAUCAUAUGAACUAUUAUAUUUUUGGAAAUACAACUAGUGCCAUCAAAAACUUUGGAUCAUCAUCUUCCUGCUUCCUUAUUUCAUGAUCUUGUGAGUAUAAUGACCUGUAUGAAUGGAAUUGAUGCAUCAUGCUAUCUUUGAGUGUGUAACCGGUCCGGUAUUCAUUGCUUCACUUAUUGGCUAUUGCAAUGCCUUUCUGUUGGAGAUGUUUUCAUCUAAUUACUAGAAUUAGAGGAUCGAUAUUGUCGUCUCUUGUUGCCUUUGUUUAAAUUUGGAUCCCAUGUGUUCUUUCUUUGUUUUUGUAGUUUAAUUGCAUGAUCAUUGUUGUCCAACUUUUGAUGUAUCAUGGUAAAAGGAAACUGCAUUUAUAAGAAUUGAUGUUAGUGUAGAUGCAAUAGAAUGAUCAGCAAUGAAGAAGGAAGUAGUGUGUUUGCAUACCCUUGAAUAGAUGUAAACAUUUGAAAAUGUUUAAAUUCCACAUGAAAAUGACUCUAAUUUGAAUUGGAACCUUUGAAAAUGUUUAAAUUGUGUGAUUAAAUUCCUUUUGAACCUAUUGUGACCUGCUUAGUUGGAUGAUAAGAGUGUAGUUUUUUUAUUUUUCUUUUUUAACAAUGUGAAUAAGCCAUCGUUUUCUAAAAGUCAAACACUCGAUCUCACCCUUUUCUCAAAAUUAAACACUCGACCUUCUGCAUGAGGGUUAAAUGUUUUACUACUCGGCUAUAGCAGUGGUAACAAUAAAAAUAUGACUUUAUAAUUAUUCUUUUAAUUAUUAAAUUGAGAAAAAAAAUUAUGUGAGUUUAUCAAACAUCGAGUAAUUAAUAAUGACCAAAAUUAAAUAUUUUGAU